AUGACGUUGCAUUGGGUGAUGGAGUCCAGCGUGAUGGCAUGCAGCAAAUGGAAGGGAGCUUUUCUACUUCAGCCUUGAAAGUGUCCACGCACCCAGUAGACGCUCACCUGGCAGGCACCUUGGGUUCUUUCGCCCUGGUUUAGGCUACCUGGUGUCGCACAUCGUGACCUCUAGGAUUUCCAUCUCUGUCUUUUCUGGGGAUUUCCUGUCCCAUCUGCAAAAAGAUGGGUGACAUGAGCAAUAGUGAUUUCUACACCAAGAACCAAAGAAAUGAGAGCAGCCAUGCAGCGGACUAUGGGUGCACUGUCCAGGAGCUGCGCUCUCUCAUGGAGCUGCGGGGAACAGAGGCCGUGGUUAAGAUGAAGGAAUAUUAUGGAGACUCCGAUGGACUGUGCAAGCGAUUAAAGACCUCUCCCACUGAAGGACUCCCGGGCACAAUAGAAGAUCUAGAGAAAAGGGGACAAGUAUUUGGAAAAAACUUUAUACCUCCAAAGAAGCCAAAAACUUUCUUACAGCUCGUCUGGGAAGCUCUGCAGGACGUCACGCUGAUCAUCCUGGAAAUCGCAGCCAUUAUAUCUCUAGGGCUGUCAUUCUACCAACCACCUGGAGGAGACAUUGAAGGUUGUGGUGGAUCUGCAGGCGGGGCGGAAGAUGAGGGCGAGUCGGAAGCAGGGUGGAUUGAAGGAGCCGCCAUUCUUCUUUCAGUUGUCUGUGUUGUGUUUGUCACUGCCUUCAAUGACUGGAGCAAAGAAAAGCAGUUCCGAGGCCUCCAGAGCCGCAUCGAGCAGGAGCAGAAGUUCACGGUGGUGCGGGGAGCUCAGGUCAUUCAGAUCCCUGUGGCUGAACUUGUGGUUGGGGACAUCGCACAAGUGAAAUACGGGGACCUGCUGCCAGCGGAUGGCAUCUUUAUUCAGGGAAAUGAUCUGAAAAUUGAUGAAAGUUCUCUAACCGGAGAGUCUGACCAGGUCCGCAAAUCCGUGGAUAAAGAUCCGAUGCUGUUGUCAGGCACCCAUGUGAUGGAGGGAUCUGGGAGAAUGCUCGUCACUGCUGUGGGGGUCAACUCUCAGACGGGAAUCAUAUUCACCUUAUUAGGAGCGAGUGAAACAGAGUAUGAGAAGAAGGACAAGAAAGGUGUGAAAAAGGAGGAUGAAGCCAAACCACCAGUCGGCUCCACCCAUCCACCCUGUCACCUUCCUGCAGCUUCAGAUGGUGCCGCAGGGGCAAACGCCACUGAUAAUUCCAAUGCCAACUUAGUGAAUGGGAAAAUGCAAGAUGGAAAUGUGGAGAUCCUCCAAAAUAAAGCCAAACAGCAAGAUGGAGCAGCUGCCAUGGAGAUGCAGCCCUUGAAAAGUGCCGAGGGUGGAGAUGGAGAAGAAAAGAAGAAAUCAAAUCCACACAAAAAGGAGAAGUCUGUUCUACAGGGGAAGCUGACAAAACUGGCGGUGCAGAUUGGGAAAGCCGGUCUGGUCAUGUCUGCUAUCACAGUCAUUAUCUUGGUAUUAUAUUUUGCUAUCGAUACAUUUGUUGUUCAGAGAAGACAAUGGCUGCCGGAGUGCACGCCCAUAUACAUCCAGUAUUUUGUCAAGUUCUUCAUCAUUGGCGUCACUGUUCUGGUGGUUGCCGUGCCGGAGGGACUGCCUCUAGCCGUGACGAUUUCUCUGGCGUAUUCCGUUAAGAAAAUGAUGAAAGAUAAUAAUCUAGUGCGACAUUUAGAUGCUUGUGAGACUAUGGGUAAUGCAACGGCUAUCUGCUCCGAUAAGACAGGCACGCUGACUACAAACAGGAUGACCGUGGUUCAGGCCUAUAUUGGAGAUGUCCUUUACAAAGAAAUCCCAGAUCCUGAUGCUCUUCCAGCCAAGACCUUAGAUAUUCUGGUCAACGCCAUAAGCAUCAACAGCGCCUACACCUCCAAAGUCCUGCCCGCAGAGCAGAGUGGUGGCCUCCCGCGACAAGUCGGAAACAAAACUGAAUGUGGCUUGUUGGGAUUUUUGUUGGAUUUGAAGCAAGGCUAUCAGACUGUGAGAAACCUCAUUCCGGAGGAGAAACUCUACAAAGUCUACACCUUCAAUUCUGUACGGAAGUCCAUGAGCACCGUGGUCAAGCUGGAAGACGGCAGCUUCCGCUUAUACAGCAAAGGGGCUUCAGAGAUUAUCCUUAAGAAAUGUUCCAAAAUCUUAAAUGGCGCUGGAGACCCUCGUCUGUUCAAGCCCCGAGAUAGAGAUGAGAUGGUAAAAAAAGUGAUUGAGCCAAUGGCUUCUGAUGGUCUCAGAACAAUCUGCAUUUCUUAUCGAGACUUCAGCCAGGGUACAGAGCCAGACUGGGACAAUGAGAAUGAAAUUGUGGCCGAUCUGACCUGCAUCGCUGUGGUUGGCAUUGAAGAUCCAGUCAGGCCGGAGGUCCCGGAGGCGAUCCAGAAAUGUCAGCGGGCUGGAAUCACGGUCCGCAUGGUGACGGGUGAUAACAUUAAUACAGCUCGUGCUAUUGCCAUUAAAUGCGGCAUCAUUCACCCUGGAGAGGAUUUUCUCUGCAUUGAUGGGAAGGAAUUUAACCGGAGGAUACGCAACGAGAAGGGCGAGAUUGAACAAGAAAGGAUUGAUAAAAUUUGGCCUAAACUGCGGGUUCUGGCACGCUCCUCACCUACUGACAAGCACACUUUGGUGAAGGGUAUUAUUGACAGCACACAGUUGGAGCAGAGGCAGGUGGUUGCAGUCACCGGUGAUGGCACCAAUGAUGGUCCUGCACUGAAGAAAGCCGAUGUUGGUUUUGCCAUGGGAAUCGCCGGCACAGAUGUAGCCAAGGAGGCUUCUGACAUCAUCCUAACAGAUGACAACUUCAGCAGCAUCGUCAAAGCAGUAAUGUGGGGCCGCAAUGUAUAUGACAGCAUCUCCAAGUUCCUGCAGUUUCAGCUGACAGUGAAUGUGGUGGCGGUGAUUGUGGCAUUUACGGGGGCGUGCAUUACACAGGAUUCUCCCUUGAAAGCUGUGCAGAUGUUGUGGGUGAACCUCAUCAUGGACACAUUCGCAUCUCUUGCUCUGGCCACUGAGCCACCUACAGAAUCUCUUCUACUUCGGAAACCCUAUGGAAGGAACAAGGCUCUGAUUUCCCGGACCAUGAUGAAGAACAUCCUGGGGCACGGCGUCUACCAGCUGACUCUCAUCUUCACGCUGCUUUUUGUGGGAGAGGAGAUCUUUAAUAUAGACAGUGGACGGAACGCACCACUCCAUUCUCCGCCGUCUGAGCACUACACCAUCAUCUUCAACACGUUUGUCAUGAUGCAGCUCUUCAAUGAAAUCAAUGCUCGCAAGAUCCAUGGCGAGCACAAUGUCUUUGAUGGAAUAUUUAGGAAUCCGAUUUUUUGUAUAAUUGUACUUGGCACCUUUGGCAUCCAGAUUGUGAUCGUUCAGUUUGGCGGGAAGCCCUUCAGUUGUGCGCCUCUACAGCUCGAUCAGUGGAUGUGGUGCAUAUUUCUUGGUAUCGGUGAACUAGUGUGGGGCCAGGUCAUUUCCAGCGUCCCAACCAGCAGCUUAAAGUUCCUCAAGGCAGCUGGACAUUUGACACGGAAAGAAGAGAUCACAGAAGAGGAGCUAAAUGAAGAUGUGGAAGAAAUAGACCAUGCAGAACGAGAACUCAGACGGGGACAGAUUCUCUGGUUCCGUGGCCUAAACCGAAUACAAACCCAGAUUGAAGUAGUGAAUACUUUCAAGAGUGGGGCUUCCUUUCAGGGGGCCCUGAGGAGACAGUCGUCUACCACAAGCCAGAACCAGGAUAUCCGCGUCGUGAAGGCAUUCCGUAGCUCUCUCUAUGAAGGUUUAGAAAAACCGGACUCUCGAACUUCCAUUCACAAUUUCAUGACCCAUCCAGAAUUUAAGAUAGAAGAUACUCAGCCACAUAUCCCUCUAAUUGAUGACACAGACCUGGAGGAAGACCCUGCCCUGAAGCAAAACUCCAGCCAGCCUCCUUCACCCAACAAAAACAACAAUGCAAUUGACAGUGGGAUCAAUCUCACCACAGAGACGAGCAAGUCGGCUACCUCUUCCAGUCCUGGGAGUCCCAUACACAGCCUGGAAACCUCCCUUUAGCUGAGGACGGCAGUGCAACUGCAAAAUAAUAUUCAUAAUCACAAAGCAAUCAAUACUUGUGUCUGAAAGCAGAGGUGACACCACUUGGAUGGUCCGUGUCCGGGCAGUGCUAGGAACGGAAACGUGGCAGAUUUCUGCAAAAGCCGCAUGUCGCUCAUCCCGGAGAAGAACUGUAACCAUGUUCCUGCAUGAAUGUACACUAAGGUCCCUGCUCUACUUUCAUUUUCACAUACAUUUCUAGAGGUUUCCAUGGAAGGGGCAGACUUGAUGGCCAAGCAUUUCCCCAGUCUACAGUAUUGAUCUUGUUUUCAUACUUGAGCAAAGACCUCAGGCUCCUUUAAGGUGGAUUCAUUUCCUUUCUGAAGGACUAAACCUCACCUUGCACAAUGGCUUUACACCCAGAGCAGCAGAAGAGCAUCCAUGAGAGGUUUCUACAGGUGACAGAUGUGUGUGUAUGCACAUGGCCACAGUGGCUAUCCUCACAGGUGCGGGGCUGCACACCACCCCACCCUCAAACCUAUUUUUACUCUUAUGAAAUGACAAAACUCUGUGUUCAAUCCCUAUAUGCAUGUGAGAAGGGAAAUAUUCCCUAAAAUAUGAGGUUAAAAA